AUGAUAAUGGGCCACGGUAGCCUGAUGGCUAGGUUUCGGCUUCGGAACCGGAGGAUUUCAGGUUCUAGGACCGAUUCCACCGAAGUGCCGUCGUGUAGAAUAGCCGAACGAAAGUUACUAAAAGAAGUGUACUAUGAAACGGAAUUUGAAAUUGAUUUUCGAGAUGGGGCGUCAUUGAGAUCUGGAAGACCAUCGUCUUUAGAUAGAGAGGAAAGACUUGAUGGCAGAUUACAUAUAUUGCGACUGGAAGACGCUGUACAUUGCUGUCGAGACGUCGCGAGAUCUCCUGAAUGCUCAGAAUACGAAUUUCCUUGUGACAAUGGUGAUUGCAUAGAUGCAAGAUUUUGGUGCGAUAGUGUUGAAGACUGCAGUGAUGGAUCCGACGAAAAGUAUUGUAGAAAAGCUGGUUUAUUUAACAGAGAUCCGAACAACUGUACCUCAAAUUACUUCAGAUGCAGUAAUGGACCUUGCAUACCAAUUAUUGGCCGAUGUAAUGGUUUCCCGGACUGUGAAGAUUCCUCAGACGAGAGGAAUUGUGUACAACCAAGCUCAACUCCUAAAAGUGAUGCCAUGUCUUCACCUAUUUAUCUUUUAUCGGAGACAAAGACAACAACGAUGAUUCCCACGACGACAACUCAUGCCACGACGCACCAGCCUACAAUUAAAUUAAAAUCACAAACAUACCAUUCUUCUGUUAAUAUUAAUACUAUGUUGCAUAAUUUUCAGAAUUUAUAUUCAGAUUUGCGUCUAUCUGACUAUUCCAACCAGAUCCAGAUGGCUCGAAAUUGGCUUCUUUCACAAAGAGGAAGCGACUUCGGCUGGGGAGAUGAAACUCCACGAGCUCUAACUGCUUUAUAUCUUUCUGACGUGCAGUCGGUCAGUAGAAAUGAAAGUGACAUGCUGAUGGUGAAGCAACUUGAACUGCAGAUCUCUUUAGCUAUUACAAGAAACAAAACGAAGGCUAUGAAGCUGACGAAACUUGCAUUGUAUAUAAAUGCUCUUACGGCUAGCUGUAAAGAUGCUAAGAACUUUUAUGGUGAGAACUUGGUUCAAACUUUGCGUAAUGGUGUGGAUGCUGCCCAUAGAUCAGCUGAAUUCAUUAACCCAUCUGUUUAUCUGACUCUCUGUAUCAACAACGCUACUACUUAUGAUGACACAAGGAAACUACACGACAUAUUUACAAGCAGGAAUGUCGUAGUUGGUAGAAUAGAUAUUCAAGCACUGGCGAUGUUGGCUGUUACAUGCAUAUUUCGAAAUACGAAUUUUCUUCCUGCAUCGAUGAAAGAAAGAUCGAGUAAACAGUUUAUUCAAAGAGUGAAGGUCCGUGGCCUUCCAGGAAAUGUUUAUGAAGCGGCUUUGAUCGCCCAGGCUCUACACGAAAUGAAACUCACUCAGCCAGGUCUACUGGAAUUCAUGCUGAAGCAACAACAGGAAGACGGCUCAUUCGGUGGCAUAUUAGCAACAUACUUGGUAUUACCUGUUCUAGCUGGUCGAAGUUUUCUGCAAAUGAACGACCACUGCGAUCAACGAUACAGCACAGAUCUUACUCCUCUCGAGGUACUGAAAAACUCGAAGCGUAGAAAGAUAUAUAUACAGUACGCUCUAAACUAUGGCAAUCCUCCUGAAAUAUCGCAAAUGAUCCAAAUGCAAGUAGCCGAAGGGAUCAACUUCUUGGAUGUCAUGAGACUUGCACAAGAAAUCAAUCCAAAAUACAGGUUUUUGUUGGAUGGCCAUCGUGACAAUCCAGUUGUUUAUUCAAUUGGUGGUAUUCCCAAUGAUGCUGAAAACGGAAUGUUUUGGACACUCCACUGGGCUUCCAAUAGUAACAGAACUAAAGGUGACGCAGUGCGACUUACACCGUAUUCAGGAAAUAUCAAGGAGUUGAUACCUCACCCUGGUGAUGAAUUCGUAUUUUGGAUGCGCUACAUAUAAUUUUCCAGUGCUACUGCAUUUGUUGUUCUU